UUAGAGAGAGAGAUUGUAGAGAGUAAAGAAUGAGCAUGAAGAGAGGGAAAGAUGAAGAGAAAAUGAUGAAAAUGGGGCCGAUGUUUCCGAGGCUACAUGUAAACGAUACAGAUAAAGGAGGGCCAAAAGCACCUCCAAGAAACAAGAUGGCUCUUUACGAACAACUCAGUAUCCCUUCUCAGAGAUUCACUACCCCCUCUUCAAAUCCCGUGCCGAGACCACAGGAGUUUGCAAACAUGUUCUUCUCCAAUAAGCUACCUACUCAACAUCAAUCGGAAAAACAACACAGCCAAUAUUCCGAUUCGACCGCUCCUCCAUCAGCAAAAGUCGAGCGACGAAAGAAAUCGGAUGAAGAUGACUUUAGGGUUCCAACUUUCCUACAUCCAAGACCAAUUCAAGAAUGCGGUGAAUAUGAUCAUAAUAAUAAUAAUAAUAAUAAUAAUAAUAAUAAUAAUAGUACCGAAAAAAUCGGCACAUCCAUGCCUUCUUUUUUCAACCGCCCCUCGAAAUUCCGAAAGGCCAAACCGAACGACGUGCUCGAAAUCAGUACUAGCCAAGAACAAGGGAAAAGCCGUAAUAAAGAAGAGAGAUCGAAAGAGGUUGUACAUAAUAAUCGAGUUACUAAAGUCGUCUCAAAUUCGUUGUCCGUUGAGAAAGCUGAAGAAUCGAACAAACAAACCGAUUUAUCUUUGCGCCAUGGACCGAGAGAUGCCCCUGCGUCUGUUUUUGAGGAGAACAUUGCAGCGUUGGAGAAAAGGAGUAGUACUAAUUCGGCGAGGGCGUUUUCGUCAAAAGAUUUGAGGGGCGACGAGAGGGGUGGUGGUGGAAGUGUGUGUGAAGAUUCUGUAUUGGAAUCAAUCUCGAGAGUGGAUGUAACACCCGAUGAUGUGGUUGGAAUAAUUGGUCCGAAACAUUUUUGGAAAGCUAGAAGAGCUAUUGUUAAUCAACAAAGAGUUUUUGCAGUUCAAGUAUUUGAGUUGCAUAGAUUGAUAAAGGUCCAGAAAUCUAUCGCUGCAUCACCGCAUCUUUUACACGAGGAAUCGCCUUAUGUCAGCAAACCGAAGAAAGAUUCUCCGAUAACAAAAAUCGCAAUAAAAUAUCCAAUUAAAUCAAUUCCCAAUAUUCCCAAGCAAAAAGUCGUCGAACCAAAAAAGCCUACUCAAGAAAAAGAAGUCUCGGCAGAAAAUAUUGCAAGGAGAGAAUCGUCUUUUGCUUCCGUUCAAAAUUGCGCUCCAUCUUCCAUUAGUAGCAAUGGCAAUGCUAGGAGCCCCUGGGCUUUCAACCAAUCACCACACGGUCAUCAAUGGUUGAUUCCGGUGAUGUCACCUUCCGAAGGAUUAGUAUACAAACCCUACCCAGGCCCGGGAUUUGUGGGGCCCGCACCUUCCUCGGGCGGGUGUGGGCCCGUAGGGUCAAAUCCGUCAACGGGUGAUUUUUUAUCUCCCCAUCAUCAAUAUCCAUUGCCAGCUCAUCACCCCUAUUUCCCACCUUACGGCAUGCCGAUUAUGAAUCCACCUCCCUUUUCGGGCCCGGAUGCUGACGAUGUCAGCAUCCAGUGUCCGAAUUUGAACGACUCGCACGUGCCUGAGGAUGUUGAGGUGGCGGUGCAAGUUAGCGACGUGAGCAGCAGUCCGGUGCAGGAUAGCGGCGUGGAAGUGAGGAGCGUGCUUCAGCUUUUCCCCACGUCGCCAGCUGUCGACGAUGCCGCUUGGUCGAGCCAACGGCCGCCCAAGAGUGGGCAGCAGCAGGUGAUCAAGGUUGUGCCUCAUAAUGCAAGAUCCGCUACUGAAUCUGCUGCUCGAAUUUUUCAGUCCAUACAAGAAGAGAGGAAACGGUACGAUAAGUUCUAACUCUUGAAUUUUCCCAGCCUCUCGAGAAAAAAAACGAUUGGGUUCUUUUUUCCUUCUGUGGUGUUUGCAAGUUGUGUGUGUAUAUAUAUACAUCAUUAGAUCAAUCAUGUGAGGCAAUGACUACUCGACCGGCAUUGUAUUAGUAGAGUCUAAUUUCGUUUUUUUUUCUCGUUUUGGUAAGUUUUGGCAUCAAGGGACUAUUGAUUUUUAGUUCCAUCCAUUUUUUCUCCGACGAAAAUAAAACGAUGUUUACUUACUGAAAUGAUGUAUCUACUUUAUAUGGCU